AUGGAGGCUAGAGACAAGCAAGUGCUUCGCUCGCUUCGCCUGGAGCUGGGUGCAGAGGUCCUGGUGGAGGGACUGGUUCUUCAGUACCUUUACCAGGAGGGGAUCUUAACAGAGAACCACAUUCAAGAAAUCAAAGCUCAAGCCACAGGCCUCCGGAAAACAAUGCUGCUCCUUGAUAUUCUACCUUCCAGGGGACCUAAAGCAUUUGACACAUUCCUAGAUUCCCUGCAGGAGUUUCCCUGGGUGAGGGAGAAGCUGGAGAAGGCAAGAGAAGAAGCUGUCAUGGAACUACCUGCAGGUGAUCCUUUACCUCUGAUCCCCCCGCACCUCCUCAGCAGCUGCCCGUCAGACCAGCAGAUUAACCAGCUGGCACAGAAGCUCGGCCCCGAGUGGGAGCCCAUGGUCCUGUCGCUGGGAUUGUCGCAGGCAGACAUCUACCGCUGCAAGGCCAACCACCCACACAACGUGCAGUCCCAGAUCGUCGAGGCCUUUGUCCGGUGGAGGCAGCGCUAUGGGAAGCAGGCCACCUUCCAGAGCCUCCACCAAGGCCUGGAGGCCGUGGAGGGAGACCUCUCGCUACUGCAGCACAUGCUGAAAUGA